GGCGCGGGGGGCGGGGGCUGUUCCGGAACCAUUGCUGCGGGCCGCGGGGUGUUACACCGAUCCGCGCCCCCCGGGAGCAAAUGUCCAGCAACAGCAUGGCCGACCCGCGGCGGCCCAACAAGGUGCUGAGGUACAAGCUUCCGCCUACAGAGAACAACCCCAUGCUGGAAGAUCCCGCUCCAGAUUACAUGAACCUGCUGGGGAUGAUUUUCAGCAUGUGCGGCUUAAUGCUUAAACUGAAGUGGUAUGCUUGGAUUGCUGUCUAUUGCUCCUUCAUUAUUGCCAACUCCAGAAGCUCAAAGGACACCAAACUGAUGAUGAGCAGCUUCAUGUUGUCUAUCUCUGCUGUGGUGAUGUCCUAUCUACAGAAUCCCCAACCCAUGUCCUCGCCUUGGUGAAGAGAUUACAGCUCAUUGCACACCUCCUUCUUGCAAAUCCCAGAGAGACGCUUUCAGCAGAGAGGAAGGAUUCACACGCUAGAACCAUCUGUUUGUACAAGCAGUGUGUUGUAACACUCGGCUAUCAAAAUAAAUGGGUUGUUGCUGUAGGAGCUUUGGUUUAAAAAAACAAUCUCUGCGCAUGUAGAAUGGUGCCUUUCAUCUCUUUGUCACCGGUUUCAUAGGGGCUGAAAGUACUUACCAUCGAACUGAUAUUUUGUGGGUCGCAGUCCAGUUUCUGAGGGUCCCCAUUGUAAAAAUAACUCACCAUGACUGGCACUAACUGACUUGUUGAUAGCACAGAGGCCAAGUGUUGACUUGGCCACAGAGAUUGCUCUCUGCUGGGUGGGGUCCUCGCCCACUGGGAGGUCAGCAUAAGGGGGAAGCUUAAGCUGGCUCCUGGCCAUGUUGCAUCUGCUCUGUGGACAGAGGACUUAAGUCUCAGAGGUUUGUUCUGUUGGCACCUUUUCACCAGCACUAGAUCAAUACACGCUUUUGCUUCAAACCAGCAGGAUGCUGCAGGCUGUAGUUCGCCUCCGAGGCCAGCAGCGCUGGGGGCUUGAGCCUGGAACGUGGUUAU